UAGGUGUCUGGCGUGCCCAAGGGACGCAACUCUGCACAGCGAAUCGCGGCGCCUUAGACGACUUGGCCACCCAUGCCCCCGACACGGAGCUGUGCUCCAGUGAUCAGGUGUGUCAUUGAACAAGAAUAAAGCAAUAGAAAAAACGUGGUACUAGAUUCACAGGUUCAUCAGAAGCUGCUAAUUGUACUAAUAGAUGACAAUAAAAGAUCAGAUUAACCCAAUCUGCGCUGACAAAGAUCACUGAACAGUUACAUCAGAGCAAAAACACAAGCGGCUCAGCUAAGCAACUGUAUUACAGUAAUAAACAUGAGGGUAGCUAAAGCAACACUUUGACAAGAUACCGACCAGAUGCGUAGACAGCCAAUUGAACGUGUGCUUCUCAACAGGGGGAAAACGCGGAUAGCAAGAUAACAACUAUAUCCAUACUGAAGUAUCCAAAUGAAGCGCUGAACAUAAGCUAUCCAACGGUAUCAUUAAAUAUUUACAACAAGCUAUGUACAAUUAUUGAGGAGGUAAAAAUGAUCAUAAAUACAUGAGAAAUAUCUGAGUCGACAUUCCCCUAAUGUUUGAAAAUCAAAGUUACAAAAACAUUUUCAAUACAAAAAUGAGAUAGCGAACAUAUAAGAGAUAGCACACAUCAAGUCAAUACAUGGUUUGAGAGUACCAUAAGAUAACAAGAGAAUGAAAUAGUCGGGCAACUAAUUCUCUGACACAGAAUGUUCUCACACUGUACAAUGACGACCGCCGAACUUUGCCGAGCCGUGUCGGAAAUAAAGCCGGGGAGCAGAUCGGUCACGAGACCGUUACAUGAGCAAAGUUUGAUCAACGGUGACAAUACCCAUACACAUUUAAUAACACAUAUGAUCCCGGAUAAAUAAUGUUCACGAUAAAUAUAUUUCGUAUCAGAUCACCACCACUCAUAUUAUUCAACAAAUGUUAAUGUCGUCCCGGUAGAGCCCUUUCUAAACUGCUGUCAAUUCGAGGCUGUUCUGGAAAACCCACGUAUUUUACCCAAUCGACUGAGUAAACGCUAAAUGAAUCAUAAAAAAUUAUAAAAAUAAAAAAGGAGACUUAUGCAAAAAGUUCGGAUUCGAACCAGCGUCAAUUUCCCUGAUACAGCCGAGUUUUAAUAUCACGAUGUCAAUGUAAGCAAGCACUCACUCACCCGGGUUUACCUCACGUUUGAUGUCAAGGUCAGGUCACAUUUGAUCAAGUUAACAAGACAACCAGGAAGCUUACCUGUACUGUGCAGUCUCUGUCAAUUUAAAUUAUAUACGCCGGUGUAAUGGAUACAUAAACGACACUCACGGACAGGUAAGCUAUAAUGCCUUAUUGUGUAAUUGUGUCACCAUCAUAUAUCAAAUGUACCGACUGACAUAUAUCUAGUUACCAUCGCUCUGACUGAUUUGACUUGGCCGGUACUCUUCGUGAUAAACUGAAGUGGGAUGGCGAUGGAUUUAACCGCUUGAGAGAGACAGAGGUGAACUUUCAUCGGAUUAGACUCGGGUGUUGUGUUGACAUUGUGUCUUGUUGGCAAGUGUUGAAAUUGUGUCAGCGUUCCGUUCUGUGUGAGCUAUUGUGCACACAGGGCACCAUGUACGCGUGUCGUUCACGUGACCCAUGUGUUGUAUUGAGAAUGUCAUUUUCAUACGAGGACCGUGUCUAUGGUCUAGUUGAUGGAACGUCUAACCCACGAGGGAAGGUCGGUGGCUCGAUCCCCUGUCCGCGUCAUAUCAAUGACGUUAAGAAAUGGUACUUGUUGCUCUCCUGCCUGAUGCUUGGCAUUAAGGUGAUAACACAAGGACUGGUCGCCUCGGAGUCAGUGUUAUGUGUCUCUGUGGGGUAUCCAUGUUAAACUGCGUGCACUUCGCUGUAUAACUGCGACGUUAGAUUCCCCUUCACAUUACCUCACAUCACCUGCGACAGCGUACCAUCAAGGUAGUCGUUAGCGAACCAACGAAGGUUCAAGAUGGACUUUACAGAGCAAGCACGCGAGAAAGUAUCAAAACCAGAUUUCACUAAAUAACUAGAAGCUUCUUUCAGUGACCCGUGUGUCGCAUACAGAUCAGUAGAUAUAAUAAAAAGCCCUGCUGGAGCAAGGAGACCCAGACCAGAGCAAAGAAGAAUUGAAACAAGACCCAGGAAGGAAGUUCGACGCAACAGACGAAAUGAAGGAUGAAAAAAAGUUCCUCGUCAUGGCGAUUUGCAUCACAGCAUUGGCUGUCAUUGUUGUAGCCUUCUUGAUCUGGUGGAUCAGGCGAUGCUGUAAGAAACGUUUCAACACACCAACACCUGUCCCGGCUGUAUAUGACCCUUACAAUCUGCCCUCCCCAAGAGAAUAUCCCCCCGGGAUCGCCUCAGUUAAUGACCAGACUGGAUUUUAUGGGCGUGUUCAACGAAUUCACCCCUUUGCUCUGGGUAACGGAUCUGGGGACUAUGCGCGUCACCUUCAAACUAGACGUGACCUUCCUCCCGGAAUUUCUGACACAAUUGUUGGUGCUGGUGUUAGACAUAGUGUCGAAGACCAUGAGGAGGUAAGAUAUGACAGUGGAUAUCCAGUGAGUGAACAUAACACAGAUCACGAUUCUCUUCAUAUUGAAAACCCGCAACUGUUUGACGCUGGGAUACAAGAUUUGUUUAUUGUCACUGAAAGAAGCGUCAUGAAAACUGUGGCUAAUAAACUGGUUGUUAUGGUAGCCCAUUUGGUUGAUCACCGAGGGGAUCUUCUUAUUCUCGACAAUAUGGGCAUAUCCCUACGUAUUCCUCCAGGUGCCAUCUCUAGAGGAAAGAAGCAGGUGGUCACGUUAGUCCUGAGCUGGGACUUAGAGGACAGUCCUGGGAUGGACCCGCAUCAAGCUCUGGUUAGCCCUGUCGUGUACUGCGGACCCCAUGGGCUAAAACUAAAUGAACAAUGCAUCCUAUCCUUCAGGCACUGUGCGUAUGAUCCGGCGAGUAUCAAAAUUAUGGUGAGUGAGACUGAGCUGACACAUCAGAAGGAAUGGGACGUGUUGUGUGAGGCGAAGGAAGAGGUGGGCAAAUGUGUCGUCUCCCAAGAAGAAUGUCAGGUGAAACUGGAACAUUUCAGUCUGCUGACCAGCAUACAGUGCCGUCCCGAUUCAUCCCCUGGCAAGAAAUGGAUCCAGAUAGCCGUGUUCACAACCCCAUUGCAGCCAGACGUUGAUCACUACCAAAUCAGGGUCUACUUUCUUAACAAAACACCAUGUGCGUUGGAGUGGGCAAUUAAUAAUGAGGCUCAGUUUGGUAGUAAGAAAUGUUGUCCCGAAAAAGUGUUCCUAUACAAUGGUAAAGCUGAGGAUAUGUUACUAUCGAUUGCCUACUUAUCUGAAAGGUGGGCAUGCAUUGAUGGAUGUGAGACCCAGAGGGUUCCAUUCAUGAAUAUUUGGCACGGGAAGUGCCCUCAUCUAUCCAUGUGUUUCAAAAGAAUUGGCGAUUACAACGUGAGAACCGAUGAGAUCAACAUCCACUUGCUCGCGUACCAGGACGGGAGUGAAAACGAAAGCGAGAGGUUAAUCAUCCAUAUGAAUGAAAUUCAUAAUGGAUUACCGGAACCUGGUCUUCGAAACGUCACGAUACGGAUCCCUGGAUCCAACCCAUGCAGUCCGGGAUCAUCGAUGGUACAGGUGAGUAGGCAAAAUAACAAUGGAACUUCCGUUGAUGUCAGAAUUGACAAUCAGGAACCCAAGUUCAGUUUGGACGAUGUACAGGCAUCUAUGAGUAAGAGGAACAUCUUUUUCCCUGAUGACCUAAAGCGGGACUUAAUGAUACUUCUUGAUCCACGCGCUCCAUUAGGCAAUGAUUGGAGAGCUCUAGCAUCCAAGCUGUCCCUUGAUAAGGUCAUCACGUUUCUUGAGUCAAUAAGGUCAAGUCAAACACUGGCUCUUCUCCAACACAUGGAACAGAAAGGAGCGUGUGUGGUAUACCUGCAGCAGGUGCUGAACGAUAUAGGGAGGUUAGACGCAUCGAAUUUGGUGGCAGAGUACAUCAAUAAUGUAGGAAUACAACACCAGCGUGAAACUGUUCCAAAGAUCCCCGUGGAGUCGGAACUCGUGACCUGAAAGACCGAAAGUCGUUUAAUGGAGUAUGUGUUAACAGCCAUGACGCUGGGGAUCAGAGAUGAUUCAUUGGCCAAGGUGUGUGGUCAUCGGGCCAGGAACUCAAUCAAGCACUGAAACACACGCAGAGAAACCAGUGUUUCCCAGAUCUCCGAGUUUUGCAAUCCUCGGGUUAAUGAAAAAUGGAAAGAGAUGAGAAGAUUGAUUGACUGGGACGUUACAAGUGACACUUCUUAGUUCGGGAGUGUACUGUAAGUUGUUCUUUGUUCGGGGGUGUACUGUAAGUUGCUCUGAUUCCCGGCAUCCCGUUUAAGGCAUCGUGCUGUUUGUUUUUUUUAACAGAGGUUAGUGAAUAACCAAGACGUGCUUUUCGAAAACAUCUAAUGAAUUUUUCAGUGAUCCAUUCAUAUAAUUUUCACCGCUAUGUUGCCUUAUACGCCCAAUGGAAUCUUUUUUCCGGGGAUGGGCGGGACUGGUUCUUCUCUUCUCUUGUGAUACACCACAUACUGACUGGGAUAAAGGGUUAAAGGAAAGACGAGCUCAAGUACAUAAUCUUCAUGUUUCCAUCAACAUAUAAUGGAUACGAUGUUGCAAUGAGGUGAUUGUUCUCCGGUGAUGACGAUAUAUAUUUUAUAGAUCUUGGACUUAAGUAUGUCAUGUGUUUUGACAUGAGUUGUUUUACAGUUGUCUCAUAUAUUGUGCAUGUUACAAGUGAUAUUAGUUUUCACAAUAGUUUUUACCAAUCGUCAAUGCUUCACGGGUGAUGGAUGACGGAACCUAGUAUAUAUAAUUCUUAAAGUAUAGACUAUAAUUAUCAGUGAUCCUCCAAAUUAUCCAUUUCUCGUGUGAUGUCGGCCUGUCGACGUGAAAUAUACCACUUAAAACAAGUUAAAGAACACCCACAAUUGGAAGGUUCUGUUGCAAUACCAACCAGCCAUGACAGAAUAACUAUAGUCAUAUGAAAACACCGGGUGUUCUUUAUCUUCUUUUAAGUAGUAUAUAUGAAAGGCCGGAAUCUUGACAACUUCAUAUUGUGUAGAUAUGAAUCUUCAAGAGAUAUAUUUUAAUCUGGACUUGACGGCGUGUAAUAAUAUAGCUGCAAUAUAUUUAAAUGUUUGAUAAUUUACCAAAAUAGGCAGAGUUCAUUGCUUAUAUUUUUAUUGGAUGAGUUUAUAUUUGGCUAUUCAUGUAUUCAUGUUAUGAUAGUCGCAGAGAAUUACGUACGUGUUACAUACUAGUCCCAUUACUUGGAUAGAUUUCAAAUUAGUCAUGUGAUUCAAAAUAUGAUUUUGGAGAGGGGGAGAGAAAGUUGGGUUUAUGUACAGCGCUAGAGGUAUUGUCUCAAAGGUUCGAGGCAGUAUAACUGUUUGUAUGCUUAAUCGAUACAUGCAAUCCAAUGAUCGCUGAGAGAGUCACAGUCAGUCAGUGACAUAUCACAACAAUAGGCGUGACACAUUUCACCAAAGUGGCGACGGAAGAAUUCGACGUGAUAAACGAAUGCUUUGACCGUUAGGUUAAUAGAUACUACUCAAAAGAGUGAAUGAGCGAGUAUGGUUUUACGCCGCUUUUAGCAAUAUUCCAGCAAUAUCACGGCGGGGGACACCAGAUAUGGGCUUCACACAUUGUACCCAUGUCGGGAUCGAACCCGGGUCCUCGGCGUGACGAGCGAACGCUUUAACCUCGAGGCUACCCGACCGCCCCUACUACUCAAAAGAAGAAGAUUAAGAUUUCAUAUGAAUUAAUUAAUUUACCAUGGACAUGACAAAUUAACCACAGUCAUAAAACUAAAUCCGGUAUUCUUUAACUUUAUUUGAGUAGUAUAUUAUGUUCCUUCGUUGGUCUGUGAUAGCGUUAAAACCGCUAUGUUUAGCUCCCCUUCAGUAUUAAAGGCCCACGUCGUAAUAAAAAUGAGAUACUGUUUAAAGACUGCUGAGCAGAUAUGAGCAGUUUGUGUAAUACUUAUAUGUACAGUCGGGCGAUUUGUUAAUCUACACUGUUAUCACGAAGGGAACUCUGUUAUCUUAAAUUGAACAAAAUGUGCCUUUGUAUCGAUAUAUACAACAGAAUUAUAACAUGUUAUCACCAAGGUAUCGCGAAAGUUGCCUAUUUAAAACAGCCCAGUUUGUCAUGGGGAAAAAACAAGUCACAUAUAUUUGGUCACGCACGUGUUUGCCAGGCCUCCUUUCACCUGCCUCCUGUCUCAGUGUUUAAUUACUCCUGUUUAUCCAUAUCUUACUAAUCAUGUGCGGUAAACUAGUCACUCAUCUCGUGUUACAAACUCCCUUUUAUAACUCUUAUACAUUAGAUUUGGGGGCACGGGUGGCCCAGUCGUCUAAGGCGCCGCGAUUCGCUGUGCAGAGUUGCGUCCCUCGGACACGCCAGAAACCAAUGAUUGUGGGUUCGAAUCCCGGUUCGCCCCGAUUAUGUUU